CGAGUUUCCGUCCCGAACUCGAUGGAAGUGUCGAGAUAUCGGAAUUGUUAGUCGACAUCAUGGAGAGCCUGAGCGAAGGUGACAGGGCUGUCUUGAAGACGAUCUUCGAUCCGUUUCAGCCACUCGGUCCAACCGACUUUUCGAGUCUCUCGGUUUUCCAGGAAGUCGAAGAGACGACGGAUAUCUUUGAGGAAGAUCGCUUAGAACCGGAUGUACUAGACAUCGUGAAGAACGCGAUAGUCUGCGCGGAGGCGAAGAACUUUGACGAAUCUUUCCGGCUUUUCAACGAGGCAUUGAAACUGGCACCUGAAUCGCCGUCGAUCUUAAAUGACAGAGCGCAAGCGUUACGUCUGGCGAAUCGAGACGAAGAUGCAUUGAGGGAUCUGCAUCUGGCGGUGGAACUGAGCGAAGGAAAAGGAAGGGCGGGCAUCCAGGCGCUCUGUCAACGCGGCGCCCUUUACCGUUGGAUGGAGCAGGAUGACAAGGCCAGGGAGGAUUUCACCCGCGCGGCCAAGGCUGGCUCGAGCUUCGCGAAGUCGCAACUGGUCGCUCUGAAUCCUUACGCGGCUAUGUGCAACGCGAUGCUGCGCAAGAUGACACACCAAUCGACCCCGGUCUAACGAGGGAUUGCAGGUCAAAACAAUUGCGAUUUAAUAGAUAUAUAACGCUUUAUUUUAUUUUUAUUUCCAUAUAGAUAAAUCCACGAGCGGGAUUCCAACAAGACCUGACUCGAGAUCAGAUCCUGAUAUAAUGAUAAUCGUAAAAGUAAUAAUAUAAUAAUAAUAGUAAUAAUAACAAUAAUUAUUAUUGGAAAUUUCGCAUAAAAAUAUAAAUUAUCUGUAUUAAACCCGGAAUAUAUAUUCGUCUGUAAAAUCGGGCCUAAUUUCUCUGCUAAAAAAGGAACUCGCGCUAAAUCGCCGAACAACGAAGAAAACGUCAAGUUCUGUUACCCGUAAAGAUUCCUUCUCUUCCAGCUAAAUUAGUUCUCCUUAGAUUUCUCGAAGAUUUACAUCUAACGCGGAGAGAACUCUCGGUGCGUAAUUAAUUAACUACAUUGUCGGUAGACAUUGAUCGCAUUGAGAGAGAUUGAAGACUUUGAACUGUUACCCACAAUUUAUUCAACGGAAACUGAUAACGAAAUUACGCCUAAUACGAUUUCUUCAUUUUACACACAUAUGUUUUAUAUAUCUAUAUGUAUAUAUAGAAUAAAAUAUGUGCCUUA